AUGUCGUCGGUCCAAACCUCCAUCCCAGCAGACUCCAAAACAACAGGUGGGAGUACCAUGGUUCCGAGCGUCGUUCUUCAAUCUCUUCCGACCACAUGCACGACAGACUUCCUUCUUGAUAACCUCAAUAGACACCUUGGACCCGUCCUCGACUCGCUUGCCUCUUCCGCUGAACGCGAGAAGGUCGCCGCAGCUCUCCAGUCCGUGAGAUACGAAACGGCCCCGGUGGCCGACAAAGCUAUCAUACUCGCUUCUAUCGCAUAUGAUACUCACUACACCGCUCUUAACGGGUAUCUGCGAGACCUGAAUGAGGAUGUUCGAGCCAAUUGGAAAGGGGGAUACGAAGAGCAAGGGGAAAGCAUGCACGAGAUCAAACAAGACAUCGCAGAAUGGCUACCGGAGCUAUGGGAGAUCGGCGUAGAGGACGGAUGUGAGGUGAAUCGCGUUCGAGAAUCCCUCGAACUAUGCACAGAUUCGAUACAAGACGCUAUUAACUGCGGCAGCCGUUCUGAAUUCUCCGAGGUCUGGUACGAUACCUACCCUUUUCGGAGGGAGAAGGACUACAAUAGCGAGGACAACGGAGACGAUGACGAAGAUGAGGACGAUAACAUUUACGAUGCCGAUGAUCCUAUCGAAUGCGUGGUCAAUUGGGUAUGGAAAGAGCUCCUUGUUAGUUCUGCUGCGCGGGGACAGACUACCGAAGUCAAAGCCAUUCUGAAAAGCAUGAAGGACUUCGGACUCACCUCCGAGGUUCUCGACCUGUUCCCUACUGAAGGCAGAUCAACGUCGAAGGAGGGAUGGGACCUCCAUAACGACCAUUGGACUCAGGCCAUGAAGGACGCAGGACGUCGUCUUCUCGAAGAACAUUGCGGCCGGGCAUGA